AUGACAUUCUAUGGCACCGCAAAGGCUGUGUCCACAGUGAGAGACAAAACCAUUGUGAAAAUGGAAUCUGCACUCGCGUUCUGGAUAAAGGACUGCAGGAAGAAGAACGUGCCCCUUGACUCCAACAUCAUACGCCAAAAAGCACGGCAGAUCUACCAGCAGCUAUCAACUCCUACUGCUUCACAAGGUGACAAAGAGGCAGCCGCAAAAUAUCCGCAGGCCUUCAUGAAAAUAAUCCAGGAGAAAGGAUAUCGCCCAGAACAGGUUUUCAAUAUGGACGGAACUGGCCUGUUUUGGAAGAAAAUGUCGUCCCGGACGUACCUUAUGAAGGAUGAAGCUAAAGCCUCCGGAUUCAAGGCACAAAAGGACAGGGUGACCCUCCUGAUGUGCGGGAAUGCGGCUGGUUUCAUACUGAAACCAGGCCUCAUUAACAAGGCUGCAAAUUCCAGGGCACUCAAGAACAAGAACAAGGCGUUACUGCCCGUCUUCUGGAUGCAUAAUCCCAAGGCCUGGAUCACCAAAGUCCUGACAGAGUACUGGUUUCACCAGAGUUUCAUUCCUCAAGUUAGGCAAUACCUGGCCGAUUUGGACAUCAACUUCAAGGUCUUGCUGAUAAAGGACAACGCUAGUGGCUACCCUCUCGAUCUUUAUUCCAAAGGAGUCCAGCUUGAGUUCCUUCCUCCCAACACCACCUCUCUCCUCCAGCCUAUGGAUCAGGGCGUCAUCCGUGCCUUCAAGGCACUCUACACCGGGAACUCCCUCCAGCACCUUGUUGAUGCAAUGGACCGUAACAGUGAAUUUACACUGAAAGAUUAUUGGCGUAAAUUCACGAUUGCCACGUGUCUGUCUGUCAUUGACCGGUCGUUGAAGGACAUGAAGAAGGAGACACUGAAUGCCUGCUGGACUAUAAGACCUAUUCCUCACUCAGAUGAUCUCCCUGUCCCUACACCUCCAGCAAAUAAGGAUCUUCUUCCUUCAUCAGAUGAAGAAAUGCCUUUAGGGGAAGGCUCUGCCAAGUCAGUCUCUACUGAAGGCAAUGUCUCUGUUUAUUCAGGAGCAAGUGGCAACGAGCCAUACUGGAUCACAUAG